CAUCAAGUUCCUUGCUCCUUGGUAAGCGUCGUGCCGGUUUGUAGUAGUAGUAGUACGGUAGCACCGUGGUCUGGGCGCCUGCCCGCUCGCUGUGCUCUUUCGUGCAUGAAAACUUGGGGUUUUAGUAGUGUUGUUGUUGUGGCUACUGACAAUGUCUCUUGUUGUUGCUUCAUUACUAUGAUCAUGCAGGUGAGGACACUGCAAGAAAAUGAAGCCAGAUUGGGACAAGCUCAUGAAGGAGUUUGAAGGUUCCGACACCCAGCUUGUCGCCGACGUGGACUGUACCACGGAGGGCAAGCCACUCUGCGAAGCCCAUGGUGUUCGCGGAUACCCAACAAUCAAGUGGGGAGACCCCGCUGCUUUGGAGGAUUACCAAGGAGGACGUGACUUCAAGUCACUGAAGAAAUUUUGCGAUGAGAAGCUCAAGCCGAUGUGCUCCCCCGCAAAUUUGGACCUUUGCGACGAUGACAAGAAGGCCGAGAUCCAGAAGUUCAUGGAUAUGUCCGACGAUGAUCUCGACAAGCUUGUCGAAGAUAAGGAAAAGGAAAUGGCUGAUGCCGAAUCCGAAUUCAAGGCUUUUGUCGAGGGACUCCAAUCCCAAUACCAAGAGGGCAUGAAGAAGAAGGAUGACACUCUUGAUGCCAUCAAAGAAUCCGGAUUGGGUUUGAUGAAGGCUGUCAAGGUCGCCAAGAAGAAGAAGGGCGGCAAGGACGAGCUGUAA